GUGAUGUGUGUGUGUGUGUGUGUGGGCAGGUGAGCGUCGGUAGAGGAAGACAGGGACAGACUAACAACUGCACACAGUCUAAAAGCUGCCAGAGAUGACUUUAAUACAACUUUUACAUUGAUGCGAGCUGAGAGGACAUAAAUCCACCAUGGUUAAUUUAGGAGUAUGUUGUGCCAGCCUCAAGGACAACAAAGCCCUGAUGAAGAUGGGUCUGGGGCUGGUGCUGGUGGGCCACGUCAACUUCCUUCUCGGAGCACUGGUGCACGGUGCUGUGCUCAGGCACAUUAACGUGCACUCUCAGGCCCGCACCAUGGUCUACGCCAUCUCUAACGUCAUUGCCAUUGUGGCAGGCUUGAUGGGAAUCAUAGGAGGAAUAACGGCCAUUGUGCUGUCCAAGAACAAGAGGAACAGGAUCCUGAAGUGGGUCCUAUUGGUCUUCGGCCUCCUGGCCGGCCUCCUGGCAGUUGCCUCCACCUUGGCCUUGUCUGUUUCGAUUGUAAAAGCCAUAAUUGACAAAGGGAAGGGGCUUUUAACUCACUGCAAGUAUUCUGCUAAAGACGUCGGUUCUUCCAGCAUCACAUACGAAUGCCCCUUUGACCCCACCCGUAUCUAUGCGACCACAAUCAUUCUGUGGGUGCCUCUCAUCUUAAUGUCCGUGGUGGAAGCGGUGUUCUCCUUCCGCUGCUUCGCUGCCUGCACUUCAUACCUCUACCUGUGCCCGUGCAGGACGAGGCCUGUCCAUCCGAGAAGGGUGCGAAUCCAAAGAAGAAUUGACACCCCAACGCCAGCACCAGACCCAGAGAUCGACGCUGAAGGUGAUGCUGAAACUGAUGCUGAAGCUGAAGCUGAGCCGGUGGAGCAGGACGAUCUGCUGGAUAGCAGCACUAGAGUCGAGCAGAGCGAGUGGCUCUGAACCAGCUUAACCUAAUGUCAUAGGUUGUAUGUGAAGUUGUUGUCAUUUAUGUCUGUUACACAAUGAAUGUUUGGUGAGGUCCUUUGUCAGACAAACACAAAGACAUUUUAUUUCCCUCUACAUCACAAGUUUCUGUUUAUCUGAUAAAAUACUGCUGGUUUGAAAUAAUCUAAUUUUGUUUGUAUUGGUAUAAAAAUAAAUCUGUGUCGCCUGUA